UAGCGGAUACCACUAGCCAACCAAGAGAAAAUACUAUUGGUUGGUUUACGCACUAUAUAUAACCAAGACGGUGAGGAGAUCCUUAUAAACCAUAAGGAUAGCUAUAUCGUGCCGCUCCAUAUGAAGGGAAGGGAUUGGCCGAGCUGAAGGGCCUCUUUAACGCUGUGUAGCACUGCUACGGUGCAGUGCUCGCCGGUAUCGGAAUCACGUGCCGUCUGACUCUUUCUUUUCGCCCAUUAAUUAACAUUCUUCUUCUUAUACCCCUUUUCUCCCACCAUCCACCAUUGCCAUGUUGCGUUCCAUUCACCUCUCAAGAAGAGCUUUAUCUGUAAGAUUUAGCUCUACGUUGGCUUUCAUCGAAGCAUCCGGUGCCACCAUCACCCCCUCCACAUUGUCUGCGUUGACCGCGGCGCAACAGCUCGGGAAGCCGAUCACAGCGGUCGUGACGGGCUCACAGGCUGCGGCGGUUACCGAAGAGGUGAAAAAGAUCGCCUCUGUGUCCAAGAUCUUGGUUGCCGCCGACGCCAAGUACGACCACUACUUUCCGGAGGAGCUUUCGCCAUUGAUACAGCAAAUCCUUACCAACGCAGACUUUACCCACUUUGUGGUGGCAGCCUCCACCGUCGGCAAGAAUCUCUUACCGCGCGUUGGUGCACUUUUGGACUUCCAGCCAAUCAGUGACAUUGUGAAGGUUGAGGCCCCAGACACGUUUGUUAGACCGAUCUACGCCGGAAACGCUUUGGCCACUGUCAAGACUAGCGACAAGAUCGUCUUGGCCUCUGUCAGAGGCUCCUCUUUCGCCCCAGUGGAGUUGACAGCGACCAACGAGACCCCAGUGGAGGAGGUUACCGCCGUUGCAUCCGAGUGCCGCACCAGCUUCGUCUCCGAGGAGUUGGUUACUAGUGAAAGACCGGACUUGGCAUCCGCCGUCAAAGUUGUUUCUGGUGGCAGAGGCUUGCAGUCCAAAGAGCAGUUUGAUGCCAUCAUGGAGCCGUUGGCGAAGUCGUUGAACGCCGCUAUUGGGGCUUCCAGAGCCGCGGUCGAUGCUGGUUUCUGUGACAACUCCUUGCAGGUUGGCCAGACCGGGAAGGUUGUCGCGCCGGAAUUGUACAUUGCCGUUGGUAUCUCCGGCGCCAUUCAGCAUUUGGCUGGGAUGAAGGACGCCAAGACGAUUGUCGCGAUCAACAAGGACGAGGAGUCGCCGAUUUUCACCGUUGCCGACAUUGGUUUGGUCGGCGACUUGUUUGAAGUCGUUCCAGAGUUGACCCAGAAGAUCGAGGCUAGUAAGUAGUUCUUACUGCGUUGAAUUAGAUAAAUGAA